GUUAACAAAGAAUAACACAAUUGUGUAGCAAAGUUAUCAAAUGCAUUCUAAUAAGGAGUCGAUGUAAGACUUGGUGUGUGACAAGAGACCAUUCAAUACCAUACAAAAGAAUUGUUAAACAGUAAUUAAAUUAAUAAGUUAUAACAAAAGUCCACGUAAUUUUUGUUUGUUAUGUAAGUUACUUCAAGAUGAAAGAAAACGAUAAAAAUCGUAAAAUGCAAAAGACCACCUUUUCAAUUAAAUUACUGAAUAUUAAACAUAUAAAAAAGCAUUAAGCUUAAACAACAUAAAACUGAAGGCAAUACUUUAUUUGAGGACAGAAGCAGAAAUAGUUGUGCCGGGAUCUAAUACCCCCGUCAAUGCAACAGCCCAGUUUAACAACUGUGGACAACCCUCGUAUAAGGUUUUAAUAAAAUUUUCGAAAUUAUUAUAGAAUAGUUGGUGAACAAAAAAUAAUCUCUUAUUAUCAUUCGAAGAAUACUUAUUCAACAUUUAUUUUCUAUGGACUGCAGAUGACACCAACAAAGGCAAAUGGAUUCUCAAAGACGAAGGAAAACUCUUUAAAACAACCCCCAAUUAGUUUACAAGAUUUCAAAUCACUGGAUAAGGGAUGGUCUUGGAUUAUAAUGCUGGCAAGUUUUGGGACAUUUUGUCUCAUUGGUGCAAAUAUGUAUGGUGUGGGAAUAAUGUAUGCUGUCCUGCUGAAAAGAUACAACGAAAGUGUUUCGCUAACUGCUUGGGCAGGCUCAAUACACACAGCAUUCAUGUCUGUAGGAGCACUGUUGUCAAGCUUUGUCGUGGAUCGAUUCAGCUGCCGGACAGCCGUUAUGUUAUCCAGAAUUCUGUUUGCUGCUCGGUAUUUGGGAACAGCGUUUUCACCUAUUCUCCAAACAGCUGUCUUCAUAUUGGGCAUUGUUGCUGGAAGUGGUGCUGGUCUUGGGUAUACAUCUAGUAUGGUUGUGAUUGGAUUCAAUUUCAAUACAAAACGUAACAUUGCCUUAGGUUUUGUACUUUCUGGAAUGGGGGCCGGUCUAUUUGCACUUGCACCACUUAUGCAACUAGCAAACGAUUACUAUGGGAGUACAGGUUUUUUUAUCAUACAAGCCGCAAUGUCAUUAAACAUUACAGUUUUUGGUGCUGCCUAUUUUCCUAGUAAACUAGAGCUAUAUACAAAAGAAAUGCGCAGUUACAACAAUCUGACUGCAAUGUCACACGGAAACACAAACCUACGAUUUACAGAAGUCUUUAAACAAUAUUUUAAAGCUUUGUACAACAAACCUAUUUUUCUCCUAAGUUUUGGAAUGUUUUUAAACUGUAUUGGCACUUACUUGAUAUAUUUACAUCUUCCUGUUUAUAUCGUGUCUAAAGGAUUUUCAAAAGCCCAAGCAUCAUUUAUGUUGUCACUCACAGGGAUAUUAGCCGUCUUUGGUCGCCUUUUAACUGGAUUCGUCGCAAGUCUUCAUACAUCUAUAGACAUUUGGUUGUACUCUGGUUCAUUCGUUGUCGUUUCAGUGGUCACAAUUGUAUAUCCAUACAUUUCAAAUACAAUUGUUGGACAUAUAGGAUAUGCAGUAGUCCUUGGACUCUUUUUCGGUAGUUGUUACGUUCUGAUGACGUCAGUUAACAUGCCUUUCGUUGAUAUGAAACAUGUAUCUGCCGCUAUUGGUGUCGAAUUAUUUUUCGGAGGAAUCGGUGCCGUACUCGGACCAGAAUUUGCUGGUCUACUGAUAGACAAAGGUGGAACAUAUGAACAGGCGAUAAUCUUUGCCGGUGGAUGUUUAUUUGUAGCUGCUAUUUUAAGCAUUUUAACAAAGUGUUUUCACGUAGAUACGGAUACAUCCAAAAUAACAUGGAGAUUCAAAACACGAUCCAACGGAGACAAGCUUGACAUUUCUUGAAACUCGGUUAAUAAUUUCUUCUGUUUUAUGCCGCAUGUGUUCACUUACAAUAGUAUAAAUGAAAGUGUUUGUAAACCAUCGGUCUUAGCAGAUUUAAAAUGCCAUGAAAAACUGUAUUAUUUAAAGACAAUGUUUUCGAUCAUCUCGUUUACCAAUGUAAUCAACAAUAUUUACUAUAUUUUUCACUGAUUAGUUUUAUACUGUGUGUAAUAUAGAUUUCAGGACUUGUUGAAUUCAUUACUUUACACACAAUUGCUUUUGUAACGCGACCGUAGUAUGUACAAGAAAAAACAUUAAUAUGUAUUAUUCGUUAAUGACCGUUAUGCCAUAGGAAUGCCUUUACUAUAUUACUUAUUAUCUAAUGUUGUACGUUUAUAGUUUCCAAAUACCUGAAAUUUCUUCUGUAGCUUCUUUGCAACAAGUACAGUUAUAAUGACUUUGUUUACAUUAAUUACAUUUUUCGACUUUUAUUACAAAUAUUUUUACUUUUAACGCUACUUUCUUUAGCUUUGAAGCAUCUGACAUGCUUAAAAUCAUUAUUUAAAUGUCGUAAAAUUCUUUCUUAAGGAGAAAAAAGUGUGCAAAAUGUGCCUUUGAACACAUAAUUUGAAAAAAAGCAAUUUGCAUUUGUAGUGUUAAAUUCAGUGUGAAUGUAAGAAUUUAAAACAUUCGCUUCUUUUAUUUGAGCUAUUCAUAAAGAUGCAUACUGUAUUAUUUGUAGAUAUGCGUACCAGAUAACUUUUAUUUCAAUUUCCAUAUAGAACUGGAAAAUAAGUGAUAUUAAAUUAUAAACUAAAAAAGUAAACUUACAUUGUUUAAAAUUAAUGCAACUUAGCAAAAAUGGGUACUGUAAUUGAAUACACUUUCACUUUUUCGUAUGACCGCCCGCGAAGCUACGGUUGUUAUUUUUAACAUGAAUUUUUUUUGAAUUGUCGAAAUAUUGUAGAAAUCAUUACGGAUGUUAUUUCUAAACUGGAUUUUUUUUUUGGAAUUUGCAAAAUAUUGUGGAAAUAAGUAGACAAUCACGGCUUCAACACAAAGAAAACAAUACCAAUAUAAUAAUGUUCUUAUCUGUUUUUCCGAUUGUUUAUGAAUAGGUUCAAUACGUUCAAUUCUAAUCAUUUUUGUUUCCAACUUAUUUCUCAAGAAAUUGUCCAACUACAUGUUUGUAUAGAUAUAUGAGCCGCGUCACAACAAAACCAACAUAAUGAUUUUGCGAACAGUCCGCGCAGUCUGAUCAGGAUCCAUGUUAUUCGCCUACCAAAAUCUAUAACAAAAAGAGAAAUUGAUAGCGAACAGCAUGGGUCCUGAAGCGAACAGCAUGGGUUCUGAUCAGACUGUGCGGAUGCGCAGGCUGAUCUGGAUUCAUGCUGGUUGCAA